GUUGUCGCAAGGAUUAAAUGAGUGCGCCCAGCAGAGAGCAAGCGCCCGGGCACCCGCGGCUGCCCCAUCCUUAUUUGUGAUCCUUAUUUUUCCCGCUCCCCGGAGAGCUCACAGCUGGCCCUGGCAAGGCCGGCACACCUGGGGCCCACCCCCCCCCGCCCCCCUGCCCCCCCUCCCCGGCCCCGCACUCCGCGGUGUCGCCUUCCCGGGAGGCUCGGGUUCCCGGAUCCCCUUACCCGGGCGGCUCGGCUGUCGCUCCUUGGGCCGGGGGAGGGGAGGCUGCAGGAAGCGGCGGAUCCGGCGGCUGUGGCCGUGGCCCCGGUGGCCGAGCUCCUCCUGCCAUGGAGACCACAGCGGCCCGCGAGGCCCGGGGGGCCGAGGCCCCACGCCUGCCCGCGCCCCCGCCCUCGCCCGCCGAGCCCCCGGCUGCGUCCCCCACCCCGGCCGCGCCCCGAGCCCGCCCGCGCCUCGUCUUCCGCACGCAGCUGGCUCACGGCAGCCCCACGGGCAAGAUCGAGGGCUUCACCAACGUCCGCGAGCUUUACGCCAAGAUCGCCGAGGCCUUCGGGAUCGCGCCCACCGAGAUCUUAUUCUGCACCCUAAACAGCCACAAAGUGGACAUGCAGAAACUCCUGGGCGGCCAGAUAGGGUUGGAGGACUUUAUCUUUGCCCACGUGCGCGGCGAGACCAAAGAGGUGGAGGUCACUAAGACCGAGGACGCCCUGGGACUGACCAUCACUGACAACGGGGCUGGCUAUGCCUUCAUCAAGAGGAUCAAGGAAGGCAGCAUCAUCAACCGGAUCGAGGCAGUGUGCGUGGGCGACAGCAUUGAGGCCAUCAACGACCACUCAAUCGUUGGCUGCCGCCACUACGAGGUGGCCAAGAUGCUCCGGGAGCUGCCCAAGUUGCAGCCUUUCACCCUGCGCCUGGUUCAGCCCAAGAGAGCCUUUGAUAUGAUCGGCCAGAGGAGCCGGAGCAGCAAAUGCCCCAUGGAGGCAAAAGUCAGCAGCGGGAGGGAGACCCUGCGGCUUCGGCCUGGGGGGGCCGCCACCGUGGAGGAAGUGCCUAGUGAAUUUGAGGAAGAGGCAUCUCAGAGGGUAGAUGACCUGCUGGAGAGCUACAUGGGCAUUCGGGACCCAGAGCUGGGUAAGGGGCCAGGCGUCCACCAUGGUGGAGACAUCCAAGAAGACAGUGAGUGUCCAGGAGUUUGCACGCCAUUUAGACUCCGUCUUGGGCGAGUUCGCCUUCCCGGACGAGUUUGUGGUGGAGGUGUGGGCCGCCAUCGGCGAGGCCAGGGAGGCCUGUGGCUAGUCUGCCCCGGGGCCGAGCGCAGCCCCAGCCCGGAGCCCAGCCCCCUGCCCCAGCCCUCCCGGCCAGUUCCCCAAGCCCAGCCCUGCUCUGGAGUCCAGAAGCCCAGAUCUGAGACCCAGCCCUGCUCUAGAACCCAGCUCAGCUCAGAGACCAAGCCCAGAUCUGAGACUGGCAUCACCUCUAGAACCCACACCAGUUUUGAGAGCAAGCCCAGCCCUGAGACUCGGCCAUGCUCUAGAACCCAGCUCAGCUCGGAGACCAAGCUCCCCUCUAGAGCCAAGGCCAGCUCUGAGACCAAGUUCACCUCUAGAACCCAUACCAGUUUUGAGACCAAGCCCAGCUCUGAGACCAAGCCCUCCUCUGGAACCCAGGCCAGCUCUGAGGUCCAGUUCAUCACUAGAACCCAAUCCAGUUCUGAGAUGCAACCCAGAUCCAGAACCCAGCUCUCCUCUAGAACCCAGGACAGCUCUGAGGCUAAGCUGAGCUCUGAUAUAACGUCAAGUUUGGGAACCCAGACAAGUUUUAAGAGCCACCCCAGCUCUGAAAUCAAUCCUAGUUCUGAAAGCCAGGCCAGCUUUAUGACCCAGCCCUGCCUUAAAACUCGACCCGACUCUGGAACGCAAGACAGCUCCAUGACCCAGCUGUACCUGGACACCUGGUCUAGCUCAGAAACGCCAGUUAGUUCUGGAACCCAGGUGAGACUCAAGAAGCAGCCCAGUUCCAGAAGCCACAUCAGCUCAGGAUUCAAAGACAGUUCCCAAACCCAACCCUAUUCUCAUGCCCAGACCAGCUCAGGAACCCAGACGCAUGCUGCAGAGCAGCCCAGGUCCAGACCCCACCCCCAUACUAGGGCCCAGUCUAGCUCCAGUGAUGAGUCCAGCUCAGAGACUGAGCCCAGCUCUAGACCCCAGACUAGUGCAACAAGCAGGCCUGUCUCCAGAAUUCAGACAAGCUCUGGACCCCCAUCCAUCCCUGGGGCAAGGCCCGCCUCCAGAGCUCCACUUGAUGCCAAGCCCCGCCCUCACUGCAGAACACAGAGCAGCUCUAGAACGUCAUCCAGCUCUGGGACCCAGACAGACUUCAAGGCUUGGCCGAUUUCCAGAGUUCAGUCCAGCUCAGGCACCCCACCCAGCUCCAGAACUCAGCUCAGUUCUAGAGAACAGGCUGGCUCUGAAAUCCCAUCCAGCGCUAAAACACAGUCAAUUGCUGAGACCCACUUGAGUUCCAGAAUCCAACUAGAGUCUGGUCCUGGGACCCAGACCAAUGCAGCAACAGACUUAAGCUCCACAGCUCUGUCGAGCUCUGAGAGCAGGCCCAGCUCCAGGACCCAGCCCUGCCUGGGAGCUCAAAAAACCUCUGGGACCCAGCUCACCUCAGAAACCCUGCCAAGCUCUAGAAACCAACUCCAGACCACACCCCCAGGCAGCUCUGGUAUUGAGCCGGACUUUGGGAGACAGACCAGCUCUGGAACUCAGCUCAUCUCUAGAGCCCAGCCCAGCUCUGGGACCCAGACAAGUUCAAUAAUUCAGCCCAGCUCUGGAGCCCAGUUCAGCUCCAGAACACAGCCCAGCUCCACAAUUCAGUUCAGCUCAGAGAUAACAGCCAGCUCUGAAACCCAGACCAGUUCAAGAAUACAGCCCAGCUCUGGAACCCAACUCAGCUCCAGAACGCAGACCAGUUCUGGAACCCAGCUCAUCUCCAAGACCCAGCCCAGUGCGAUAAUGCAGCCCCUUGCUGGAGUCCACCUCAUUUCUGGAACCCAAACCAGCUCCAGAACCCAGACCAGUUCUGGAACCCAGCUCAACUCUGAGACCCAGCCCGGCUCUGGGACCCAGACCAGUGCAAGAAUUCAGCCCAGCUCUGGAGCCCAGCUCUGCUCCAGAACCCAGUUCAGCUCUAGAACUCAGUUCAGAUCUGAGACUCACCACAGCUCUGAAACCCAGACCAGUUCAAGAACCCAGCCCAGCUCUGGAAUCCACCUCAGUUCCAGAACCGAAUCUGUUUCUGAAACCCAAUCCAGCUCCGGAAGCCAGACCAGCUCAAGAAUCCAGCUCAGCUCUAGAAAUGGGCUCCGCCCACAGACCCCUGGCCUUGACCCCAGAACCCAGCCUGAUCCCACUCCCCCAGCCCGACCUCAACACCCAGGCCCACCACCCAGAGCCCCACCUCCAGGUCCUAGGAGGGUCUCUCACCCUCAGCCCCAUGAUCUGGUUCAAGGAGCCCAGGCCGAUACUGGCCCAGGCCGAAGCCCAUCCACUUCUGCCCUGAUGCCACAGCCGUGGUCCCCCUCCGCCCCGCAGAAACCAGCCCUUCCCCCCAAGCCCCAGCUGGGACCCCAGAAGUCCACCCUGCCCACCAAAUCCGUCAUCCCUAGUUCUGCCACCAGGGCGGCCCUCCUGCAUUCCCAGCCCCCUGAACCCUCAGCUCGGGGGCCUGCCCCCUCCGCCGUGCUCAGGGAGCCAGGGCCAGCUCCGCAGGCGUCAGAGCCCCUCCCCUACCAUGGGGGGCUAUAGCUUGGGGGUGACAUACUUGUGGCCCCCAUGCCCUCUCCUGCCCCUCCCAGCCUGGGUCCCCCAGAAGCAGCAGGUGACCUCAUUCCCCCACAGGCGGGGGGUGGGGGGUGAGGGAGGGUGGACACAGGGGCUUCGGUUUCACCUGGGCCUGGCUCUGGGAGCUGUAA